AUGGAUAAAUUCCGCAUGGUCUUCCAGCACUUCCAGUCCAGCUCCGAGUCGGUGAUGAACGGCAUCUGCCUGCUACUGGCUGCGGUCACAGUCAAGCUGUACUCUUCCUUCGACUUCAACUGCCCCUGCCUGGCUCGCUACAACACCCUCUACGGCCUGGGCCUGCUGCUGACUCCUCCGCUCGCCCUUUUCCUCUGUGGCCUCCUCGCCAACCGGCAGUCCGUGGUGAUGGUUGAGGAGUGGCGCCGGCCUGUGGGGCGCCGAAGGAAGGACCCAGGCAUCCUCAGGUAUAUGUGCUCCUCUGUGCUGCAGAGAGCGUUGGCUGCCCCUCUUGUCUGGAUCCUGCUGGCCCUGCUGGACGGGAAGUGCCUCGUAUGUGCCUUCAGCAGCUCCGUGGACCCCGAGAAGUUUCUGGAUUUCGCCAACAUGACUCCCAGCCAGGUGCAGCUCUUCCUGGCUAAGGUGCCCUGCAAGGAGGAUGAGCUGGUGAGGGACAGCCCUGCUCGGAAGGCGGUGUCUCGCUACCUGCGGUGCUUGUCACAGGCCAUUGGCUGGAGCAUCACCCUCCUGCUCAUCAUCACAGCCUUCUUGGCCCGAUGCCUGAGGCCCUGCUUCGACCAGACAGUCCUUCUGCAGCGCCGGUACUGGAGCAAUUACGUGGACCUGGAACAGAAACUCUUCGACGAGACUUGCUGCGAGCAUGCGCGCGACUUCGCUCACCGCUGCGUGCUCCACUUCUUCGCCAGCAUGCAGAGCGAAAUGCGGGCGCUGGGGCUGCGCCAGGACACAACAGGCAGGGACCCCGAGUCCCUAGGGGUUCCCGAGCCAGGAGAGGGUCUGGAUGGCGGUAGCAGGAAGGCCCACCUGCGGGCCAUCUCCAGCCGAGAGCAGGUGGACCGCCUCCUGAGCACCUGGUAUGCCAGCAAACCACCCCUCGACCUCUCGUCAUCUGCCAGGCUUCUGGAGAGUGGCCUCAGCCACCGCUCGCCCACGUCCACCCCAGAGGCCAGACUUUCCCAGCACACGGAAGUGUAG